GCUUUCAUCGGUUCGCUCCGCAAGAAUUUGGACCCCUUUUCGGAGCACUCGGAUCAGGAGGUGUGGGCGGCGUUGGACGAGGUGCAGCUCCGGGAGGCGGUCAUGGAAAUGCCCGGUCAACUGGCCUACGAGUUGAGCGAAGGGGGCGGUAAUCUGAGCGUAGGUCAGCGGCAGUUGAUAUGCCUGUCCCGGGCUAUACUCAGGAGGAACCGGAUCCUAGUGUUAGACGAGGCGACCGCUAAUGUGGACCACAAAACCGAUGCAUUGAUUCAACGGACGAUUCGCCACAACUUCGCCGACUGUACGGUCGUUACGAUCGCCCACAGACUCAACACUAUUAUCGAUUCCGAUCGCGUGCUGGUUAUGGACGCCGGGAGGGUCAGGGAGUUUGAUACACCCUAUAGAUUGCUGCAGAAUCCGAACGGAAUGUUCUAUAAGUUGGUGAGAGAGACGGGUCAACCCAUGGCCGGGGAGCUUAUGGCGGCCGCUAAGCGUGCGUUUGAUGGGCCGUCGAAUUAG